CAAUGGAUAAAUAUCAAAAAAUAGAGAAGCUUGGUGAAGGUACCUAUGGUAUUGUUUAUAAAGCACAAAAUAGAGAAACAAAUGAAGUGGUUGCUUUAAAGCGUAUUCGACUUGAUAAUGAAGAAGAAGGCGUACCUUGUACCGCCAUUCGUGAAAUCUCUCUACUAAAGGAACUAAAACACCCAAAUAUUCUAAGACUUUAUGAUGUGUUGCAUACAGAAAAGAAGCUGACGCUGAUAUUUGAAUACUUGGACUCUGACCUCAAAAAGUUUCUUGAUUCCUAUGGUGGAGAUAUUGAUGUCUUGACUUUGAAGCAAUUGAUGUAUCAACUUUUGAAAGGUAUCGCAUUUUGUCACGCCCAUAGAGUCUUGCACAGAGACUUGAAGCCUCAAAACUUAUUGAUUAAUAAAAAAGGAGAAUUGAAAUUGGGUGAUUUUGGUUUGGCCAGAGCAUACGGUAUCCCAGUGAGAAGCUAUUCACAUGAGGUGGUCACUCUAUGGUACAGAGCACCUGAUGUCUUGAUGGGAUCUCGUCAAUAUUCAACUUCAAUUGAUUUAUGGUCUGCAGGGUGUAUCUUUGCUGAAAUGGCCUCUGGAAGACCGCUGUUCCCAGGCAACUCAAUCUCGGAUCAAUUGCAAAGGAUAUUUAAGGUGCUAGGUACACCCACAGAAGAGACGUGGCCAAAGGUAUCCCAGCUUCCAGAGUACAAGCGUGAUUUUGAGAUAUUUCCAAGGAUACCUUUAGAGACCCUCUUACCUAAAUUGGAUUCACUCGGUAUUGAUCUGCUAAAGCGUCUUUUGGAGUACCCUCCUGAAAAGCGUAUUACAGCAAGCGAUGCAUUACAACAUCCUUACUUUGAUGAGCUGCGGAAAAAGGAUCAAACAGUUGAAAAUAAUGGUCAUAUCAAAGAAACACGAUAAAAUAACGUAAAUGAUUGUAUUUACAUCUUCACCUAUUUAUAUUAUACACCCACAAUGGCGCACACGCACACACACAUACAUAUACAUAUACGCAUAUGACAGUAGCUGUAUAUCUCUUAAUAGUUAAACUGGUAUCAUUUUCUUAUUAAUUCAUAAACGUAAUCUG